UUCAUACAGGAAACAUAUUGUUUUUAACAAAAAACUUAAAUAUUCUUAAUAGGAAAUCAUUAUUUAUAUCAGAUAUGGGAUUAUGUGAAGACCUAAAUAAUACAAGCGAGGUAAAAACUUAUGGAGUCAUUCCUUAUAUGGCUCCUGAAGUAUUAAGAAGAAAACCUUAUACUCAAGCAGCUGAUAUAUAUAGCUUUGGUAUGAUUAUGUAUUUCACAGCAACUGGAAAACAACCAUUUGACAAUUGUGCACAUGAUCAUUAUCUAACAUUAGAGAUAUGUAAUGGAAUUAGGCCUAAAAUAAAUAAGCUAGAAGCACCGAAAUAUUAUAUUAACUUAAUGAGAAGAUGUUGGGAUUCAAAUCCAGGUAAUAGACCAAGUGCUGCUGAAAUACAUGUUGAGAUUAAGUCAUUUUAUGAUUGUUAUAGCUCAUAUAAAAAAGGUGACUCAAAUGCAAUUGAAAUUAAAAAGCAAUUUAAAGAAGCAGAAAUUUACAGAAAAUCGCACCUUUCUUCUUUUAAGAGAAACAAACAACAUUCAGGAGCUAUUUAUACAUCUCGAUCACUUGAUCCUUUUACAAAAGAUCUUCUUGAGUAUGAUAAUUCUGAAUGUGUUAGUUGUAUCAUCACUGAUUGAUUAUGUCCAUUCAGAUUAAAUUUUUAUUUAGCAAUCAUAGUAUCAUGAUAUUUAACUUUCAAAUAUCCUUAUCACAUUAUAAUCUAUCAAUUAGAUU